AUGGAGCCACCAGCGAGGGAUCGCAGCAUGCUCCACCUCUGCUUCCUUCUUGCGUCCACCGCCACCCUCUCGGCUGCCGUUGCGGCUUCCCCUUACUCCUCUGCCUGCUCCUCCCUGCCACCGGCUCACGACCGCCACACGGACGGCGACGACGCCAUUGCGCUCAUCCGCUCCUUCCAAAUCUCGGCUGGCCAGUUCUCAGGCGGCGCCGACGGCUUGUUUUCCCCCGACGAUGACCCCUACGACCCCCGCCCGUUCCACUUCUUUCCACACCGCGCCUCCCGCACGGACGAACCCGCUCUCGUCCACCUCACCGCCACCUUGACCCUCAUUGGCCCCCGCAGCUGGCGCAGCGGAGGCCGCCACCAUUACAGCGAAGCCGCGUCCAUCGCCUUCGUCCUCGACGGUUACCACUCCUCGGCCUCGCUCGAGCUCUGCAUGGUCGGGACUGGCACCGAGCACGCCGCCGACGGUUCUCUCAAGUUGUACCCUGACGUCGUCCUCCGCCUCCACGUCCCCAGCCCUCCCAGCCUCGCCGACCCCUUCGUUUCGGGCAGCAUGGAGGGCUCCUCCGACCUCGGGACCAUGAGCCUCCUCGCGUACGCCGAGGGCGAUCACUACAAGUACGACUCCGAGCGUGCGGCCUGCAGCCCCGGAGCAUCGAGCCAGCCGGCCGGUGGCUCGCUCCGGGCGCUCGGCGGUGUCAACUCCGUGUGCGCCCACCUGAAAGAACAGCUCACGAUCUCCUACAGGCUGGACCAUGGUCGCGCCCCGUUUCCGCGGAUGCGCAUCAACCAGAUGCAGUGCGCCGCGGACGGCGCCGCCGUGCGCGCAUACGCGGUGCUCUCCAACGACACCGAGCCGGACGAGAGUGGCAGCCGUCGACGCCGCUUCUUGGUCGGCGACGAGGCCUUGGUGGCUGACGGGCACUGGGACCAAGCUCAGCGCAUGCUCUGCCUCAGGGCGUGCCGGGUUACGCUACGGGCGCCGCCGUCUGCUCCGGUGGUGGUGCGAGAGGUUGAUUGCGGGAUCGGGAUGAGCUUCUGGUUCCCAGCAGUGUGGACGAUGUGGGACCGGAGCGUGGUGGCCGGGAUGCUCUGGAACUCCAGCCAUGCCGAUGCCGAAGCUGAACCGACCCACCGUGUGAUAACAGCGUGGAGCAUCGACGACCUGAGAAGCACCACCAACCUCUCUGACGUGAAAUAUAACUACAACGACACGAUGCUCGAGGAGGCCAAGAAGCAUCAUCGGGAGCUCAGCAAAGGGAAGAAGGUCAGGGGGUCGCACUCUUUCCCGGAUUUCAACUCUGCUAACGCCGACUCCGAGUUUAGUUUCCACGGCCUGAACUUUGCGGGUGGACGGGCCUACCCAGUCACAAUCGGCUCGGCGAUGGUCGCCCGCAAUAUUCUGGCCGCCAACGAUUUCUUCUCCGGGCACUGGGCGGUCCACGGGGGUACGCGCGCCGCCGCCGACGCCAUCUCGCGGCGUGCAGCGGUUGACGACAUGACGCAGACCCUGCUGAAUGUCAGCUACGUCAUACGCUACUCCUCUCCACGUGACAAGAUCAGGGUACGUCCUGCCAAUGCGGCCUCCUACUCAAACGACUACUCAGAUAGCUUUGAGGAAAGAAAGAUCAUGGCAGAGGGAAUUUAUGAUCGGAAGAGGGGCAUCCUGUGCAUGGUCGGCUGCCAGGAGCGCAACGGCCGCUCGACGGACUGCCAGGCGCUGGUAACGGUGCAGUUCGCUUCCCUUGAUUCCAAGGCGCAGGCGCACGGAACUGGAGCCAUCAUCAGCCUCAGAGACAAGACCGAUCGCCUCUUCUUCGACAAGAUCAACUUCAUCUUGCACGGGAUGUACUCCAGGCAAGCGGCCAUGGCUAUAUCGAGGAUGGACAUGGAGAGCAUCAUGCUUGUGGCCUCCACAACUCUGUCAUGUGUCUUCACCAUCCUCCAGAUCCUCCACACCAAGAGGAACCCGAAGGUGGCUCCGGCGACAUCGGUAACCAUGCUCGCCGUGCUCAGCAUGGGGUACCUUGCCCCUCUCGUGCUCAACUCAGAGGUCCUGUUCGCGAGCAGGAGGAGCCAGUACUAUGAUUCGUACCCCACGAGACGGAGGCUCGAGAUAAACGAGGUCAUGAUGAGGGCGCCUACACUGAUCGCCUUCGUGCUACAGCUGCGCCUUCUUCAGCUGGCGUGGUCUGGCCGCCGCAUAUCCACCGUGUCGGAGAAGGCCGUUCUGUGGAUAUGCCUGCCGCUGUACAUUCUCGGAGGAGUCGUGGCCGCGGUCGUCCAUACGAUCAAGGCACGCGCCGCCGCGCGUAGUGACCCAUGGGCCAUGAACAUGGGGGGUGGGCCGGCGGCGAUCUGGAAGGACCUUGUGUCGUAUGCGGGGCUGAUACAGGAUGGUUUCCUGCUCCCGCAGGUCAUCCUGAACGCAUCCUUGGGAGAGACCAGAGCUCGAGCAAUCUCACCGUGGUUUUACAUCGGGGGCACCAUGAUCCGCUUGAUGCCUCAUGUGUAUGAUGCAGUCAGGUCCCAGAUCUACCAGCUGACCAUGCGCUCCUCCAACCUAUACGCGAGUCCCCGCGGCGACCUCUUUGGUGUGGCUUGGGACGUGGUUAUACCGUGCGGGGCGGCCCUGCUGGCCUUGUUGUUGUUCUUGCAGCAGCGACUUCCACGCACCGAGUCGCUUCCGUCGCAGAGGAGGAGAUUGGGUGGGUAUGAGAUGGCCUCUAACAAUUAA